AUGAGUUUGACCGUCGCGGUCUCCGUCGUUGCCUCCGGUGGCGAGGACGACACCAUACACCUCUACGACCUCUCCGCCGCCUCCUCCCUCGGCUCCCUCCACCACCACUCUGUCACCGUCACCGCCCUUUCCUUCUACACCCCUCCCAACCUCCCCUUCCCUCGCAACCUCAUCUCCGCCGACGCCGCUGGCUCUGUUUCCAUCGUUGAUGCCGAUGGCUUCGUCCACCGCAAUGUCGCCAUCAACGACCUCGCCCUACACCCCUCCGGCGAGCGCGCCCUCACCGUCGCCCGCGACAACUGCCUCGCCGUCGUCAACCUCGUCCGCGGCCGCCGCAACUGCUGCUUGCUCCUCGACAAGGAGGCUACUCUGGUCAAGUUCGACGUCUCCGGCGACCGCUUCUUCAUGGCCGCGAAGGAGAAGGUUUCCGUCCACCAGACAGAGGAUGCGCGGAUAUUGUUCGACUUGGAAUGCUCCAAGCCCGUUCUCUGCGCUGCUCCUGCUAGGGUUCGUGCUUGCUCAAAUUCUUUCUCUGUUUUCCUGUUAUCAAUUAGAGUUGUGGACUCGUUGAACAUCAUGUUUGCUUCAUUGGUUAUUUUUAUUUUAUGUGUUUCUUCUUUGUGUGCUGCUGAUUUCUCCUUUCUGUUAAUGAUGCAUUAUGUGUAUCUUCUAAGAAGAAGAAGGAAUAUUCUCUCGGAUGGGGAAUUCAUAGUCAUUGAUUAUGAUGAAAAAUUAGAAAGGAAAAAAUUGGUACUGGCAUUACCGGAUGGUGUUAAUUCUUACCUUUUGGAGGAGUACUGGCUACAUA